CAGGCGCUCGAUUUCGACUCCGCCCCCGAGGCCAAAGUCUUCCAGGUCACUUCCAGGAGCCUUCGCCCCUGGGACAGACCUUACCUGAAGCGGAGGCUGUAGACUGCGGACUAAGCUGGGGAUUUGCACGGAGAGAGGAUGGCGUCGUGGAGCCCUGACACCCCAUGUUCCUGUGACUGCUUUGUCUCGGUGCCCCCUGCCUCGGCUCUCCCAGCCGUGAUCUUUGCCAAGAACUCUGACCGGCCCCGGGAUGAGGUGCAGGAAGUGGUGUUUGUACCGGCACGCACGCACGCCCCUGGGAGCCGCCUCCAGUGCACCUACAUUGAGGUGGAACAGGUGUCAAAGACCCAUGCUGUGAUCCUGAGCCGCCCUUCUUGGCUGUGGGGGGCUGAGAUGGGCGCCAACGAGCAUGGUGUCUGCAUUGGCAAUGAGGCAGUGUGGACCAAGGAGCCAGUCGGGGAAGGGGAAGCCCUGCUGGGAAUGGACUUACUCAGGCUGGCUUUGGAACGGGGCAGCUCUGCCCGGGAGGCCUUGCACGUGAUCACAGGCUUGCUGGAGCACUACGGGCAGGGGGGCAGCUGCCGGGAGGACCCCACACCAUUCUGCUACCACAACACCUUCCUGCUGGCUGACCGGACUGAGGCCUGGGUGCUGGAGACGGCGGGGAGGCUGUGGGCUGCACAGAGGAUCCAGGAGGGAGUCCACAACAUCUCCAACCAGCUGAGCAUCGGCUCGGACAUCUCAGCAGAACACCCUGAGCUCCGGCCCCACGCCCGGGCCCAGGGCUGGUGGGACGGGCAGGGCACCUUCGACUUUGCCCGGGUCUUCUCCCUGAGCCAGCAGCCUGUGCGCAUGGAGGCUGCCAAGGCCCGCUUCCGGGCCGGGCGGGAGCUGCUGCAGCAGCAACAAGGGGGUAUCACGGCAGAGGUGAUGAUGGGCAUCCUCAGGGACAAGGAGAGCGGCAUCUGUAUGGACUCUGGGGGCUUCCGCACCACGGCCAGCAUGGUGUCCGUGCUGCCCCAGGACCCCACCCAGCCCUGCGUGCACUUCCUCACUGCCACACCAGACCCAUCCCGGUCAGUGUUCAAACCUUUCAUCUUUGGGGUGGGGGCAGCCCAGCCCCCCCAGGUGCUGUCUCCCACUUUUGGAGCACAGGACCCUGUUCGGACCCUGCCUCGAUUCCAGACUCAGGUCGAUCGCCGGCACCCCCUCUACCGUGGACACCAGGUGGCCCUGGGACUGAUGGAGAGUGAACAGGUAACCCCGGGGAAGAGGGGCUACCCUGGAGGGAUGAUGCAUUUCCCCCACCCCAACUGGGACUCUCGAAAUAUGAGGGGAACUGGGAGCGAAGGAGACUCUAGAGCUGAGGAGAGGAGUCUCUCCCUUCAAAGUCAGCCCUGGAGAAUGUUGGGUGUAUAUCCUUUCUCCUGCUUAUGUGAGACAGCAGCCAUCUGCUCCUACCCCGUAAUCCGGAGGGAAGCCUGUCCUGGGGAGUCAUUGCCGCCUUUCCUGGGCAGGCUCAGGGGCAGCAGCUUCGGCAGAAGCAGCGAGACCUGGAGCAGGAAGGCCUGGCGGCUGUGCGGGGGCUGCUGACCAGGGAGUGUGCUCCACCCACCCAGGAGCUGGGCGGCCUCUUCCAGGCCUUUGUGGAGAAGGAGAGCCAGGCAUAUGCCUGAGCCCGGCCCCUCCUGACUUGGUCUGGGGUGCAGGGGGCUGCGGUGGGCACAGGACCCCUGGGGUAGAGGGCCAGAGCAAUCCCCUCACAUCAUCCCCCACCCCAGCCUUGUUCUGAGUGGCCAGGUCGGCCUUAGCCCUAAUAAAUGUGUUUUAUUUUCUUGUUCA